AUGAAGGUUCAUCCUAUGCCCAAUAGGAGGAACAACAUAACAAUCCGGUAUUAUGUAAACCACGGCGGCGGCGGGAAUAAUCAGAGAGGAGGCGGGGGAGUAGGAGGAGAGCUAGCCACCGCCGCUGCUGCUGGCGGUAACAAGAGGCUAAGGAGGCUGCCCCACAUUUUCAAUCGGGUCCUGGAGCUGCCGUUCCGGUCGGACGCUGAAGUGUUGGUGGAGGAAAGCACCGAUUGCUUCCGAUUCGUGGCGGAGGCGGACGAUGUCGGGGAAGUUAGGGCUCACACCAUUGAAAUCUAUCCCGGGGUAACGAAAAUCGUGAUUCGGCCCAAUGGGUACCUGGAAUUGCCGACGUUGGAUGAUUUGGAGUUGGACAUGUGGAGGUUCCGGCUGCCGGAAUCGACCCGACCCGAUCUAGCCAGCGCGGUUUUCACGGACGGCGAGCUGAUCGUGACGGUGCCCAAGGCGGAGGAAGAAGGUAAUAAUAAUGGCAGCAGGGACUUUAGAGGAGGUAUGGGAAACAAUAAUAACAAUGCUAGGCUUGUGCUUGUACAGUGA